AGUUGCACUCACACACUAGAAGUCUGUUUAUUUUCAACGCUACGCGUAAAACACCAUGUUCGGGUUAAACGUACUUCCUUUGUAGAGUUGUCUAAUUUAGUUUCACCAUCACUGCACUGGUGUGGUGAAUGGGUGGUCCAGAAACCUACUAGCCUAAGACACGGAGAAGAGGCCCACAUCUAGCUGAGGCCAUGGCAGAUUUUUCGCUAGCUGAUGCCAUUGCAGACGAUGUCCCGGGAGCAGCCUCCAAGCAGGGCAACACAAACCCCUCUGGUCCAGGGGCCAGCGCUCCACCACCCACAAACCCUGGAUGGCCUGGCGCAGCCCCUGGUGGUCCAAACUACCCAUCUGCUGGAGGCCCUACCCAGCCACCUGCCCCAGGUGGGUUCCCUGGUGGGCCCUCGGGUCCUGGAGCGCCUAACCAGUUUCCAGGACAGUACCCGUCGGGUCCUGGUGCACCCACUGCCCCAGGGGGCUACCCACCGGGGCCGGGGGUACCAGGACAGUUCCCUUCCAGCCCUGGAGCUCCGGGACAGUUCCCCUCCAUGCCAGGGCAAGGGUACCCACCAGGCGGGGCCCCGCCAGGACAGUUCCCUGGAGGGGCUCCGUCACCCUACAACUCUGGACUGUUCCCCUCCACGCCGGGCGGACCACCCGGACCUUUCCCUAACAUGCCUUAUCCACCCCCUGCAGGUGGGAUGUACGGGCCUGGAGGCCCUGGAGCUUUCCCACCUGGCCCAGCACCGGGCUUCCCAAGCGGAGGGUUCCCUCCUGUGCCUCCAGGAUCAUGGGGAUCUCCCGGCGGCGGGUUCCCUGCUCAGCCAGGUGGCCCCGGGUCUUAUGGACCAGGGCCCAUGGGCCCAUAUGGAGGACCUGGUGCUCCAGGAGGGAUGCUUCCAGUGCCGUACGAGUUGCCUCUUCACGCGGGCAUCAUGCCUAGCCUGCUGAUCACCGUCGUUGGCGAGCCAGUCCCUGGAGGAGACAGGUUCCAUAUAGAUUUUGUGAAAGGUGAAGAAGUGGUGUUUCACUUCAACCCCCGGUUCCCUGAGCAGACCAUAGUGCGUAACUCACAGCUGGGUGGCUACUGGGGACCAGAGGAGAGGGAUGGGGGGUUCCCCUUCAUCCAAGGCAGACAGUUCGAGCUGAAGAUCCUGGUGGAGCAGGACUGCUUCAAGGUGGCAGUCGAUGGAGUUCACCUGCUGGAGUACGAGCACCGGGUCGGGGGGCUGGAGGAGGUCACGCUCGUCCGUGUGAUGGGCGACGUGGCUCUCUACAGUGCAGGCCCCAGCAUGAUCUAAGACACGCACAGACACAAACACACACACUCUCUCUCUCUCUCUCUCUCUCUCUCUCUGUCUCUCGCUCUCUUUCUCUCUUUUUCUCUCUCUUUCUCUCUUUCUCUCUCUCUCUCUCUCUCUAUUUCUCUCUCUCACUUUCUCUCUCUCUCUCUCACACAAACACACUCUCUCUCUCUCUCACACACACACACACACACACAUACACACACAUAAACAUAAACAAACAGAGCUGCUGGACUCAAUAUAUCACAGAAUCACGAAGAGGGCAGUUGAGUUCAUUAUCACUCUGUGAGAAUAAUAAUGCAGUAACUCGUACAACCUGCAUUGGAAUAUGACAGUGUUUCUAAUCAUAGUUAUACAUUGUAUAAAUUAAAGUAUCCAGUGAGGGCUGGGAAUAUCGUCUUGAUAUUUUUCUGUGCAGACAGAAAUCAACUUUCCCUUUUGAGAUUACAACAUCCCUUACUUCUGCCUCCAUAAUGGGGCCAAAGGCUGGUUUAUUGCUGUGGAAUUAUGAUUCAAGUGUUGAACUGAUUCAUUGUACUGUUCAGACACAUUAAUUGCUUUGCCAUCGUUUGGCUUAUGUACUAAGAGCCAAGUGUACUGGAAGCUUGAGCAGCUUGUGCCAAUUGCUUUAGCUCCUAUGUAGGCUGAAAUGUGUGUGGCUGGUCAAAGUGGUUGUCUUAAAUCUGCAAGCCUUGUUUACUUUCUCCAGCAUGCUAAAACUACUCAAAAUGAGUCCCUCCUUUACUGUUUAGGCAAACACAGUGCAGAAACAGACUGAAGUAUUCCCAGCCUUCAGAACUGCGAUGCAAUUGAAGGAAAAUGUAGCUGUCUGUGUAAUGGCAUUGGAGUCCUUGGCCUGACCACUCUAAUCAGUCCAUUAUUCACUGAUCUUGAUUUGAUAGAUGUCUUGUCAGACUCAGCAAAGCCCAUUAAAGUCCCUCUUUAAUACAAUAGAUUUGUGUGGGUAUGAUGGCGCAGGGAUUUCACUAGUUUCGGAUUUCUUUGAGCAACACAACUAUGGAAGAGUGCAGAGUCUGAACACCGCAGGAGCACAACACAAUUUGAUGUUAACUCUGAGCAUGGGAGCCCAUGACGCUCAUUACUAAAAGCUAACCUGAGGAUUUUGGAUUUCUCUUUUGCCUUUCACUUUAACCACUUCAGUUUUCUCAGAAUACCAGCUGCUCGUUGGUUCUCUGACUUUUGUAGACCUGUUGAGCAUGAUUUAUGUUACAAAAAUAUAGUCUUUGGGGAAUGCCCCCAAAAACUAUGACCCAUAUAGCAACCUUCUAUUGUUAAAAUAUGUUUGGGGGUUUUUGAAAGGGAUUUAUGUUUGGGGUGGAUUCAGGGAUCCACUAGAGUAUUAGUCAUUAAAGAACAGUUUUUACAGUGAGUAGCCAACACGUUACCUGACUGAAUCUCAUAGCUCAUCAAUCUCAUUAUUGCAGAUGCACUUGCUACUUGUGUUUGUCUAGCUACUUCUUGUCUAGCUACUUUCUUCACAAGAAAACUGUCUGUAUCUUCAUGCUCUUUGUAAACACUCUCAAUUGGUCAAUUAAUUAAUUGGACUUGCCAAAGACACUGCAACAAGAGUUAGUUAUUUUUAAUUUUUUAAUAAAAUAUUACAUAUGACU